ACAAUCAGAUGUCAGUUUUGUAAGAGGCUCUGUGAAAACUGGAGUUCACUACCAAGGAGCAAGCAUGUCUUUUCACAGACUGCUGGUCUAUUUGUCGACAUUAUGCUUGUUUUUCUAUUUGGUCGGACUCAAUUUCAUGUUCUACAUUAUGGGUUUUGUUUCACCAAGUCUCGCCAAGAAGCUAAUCCUAAAAAUGGGUGAAAGGACCACCAUGACUCAGAAUCCCAAAUUUAAGUAUGAAGAUUGGGGUCUGACCUUUGGGACUAUGAUCUUCGUUAAAACUGCUGCAUAUCAUAUGUGGUUGUCUCUCGGACAAGAUGCGUUUGUUGGAGAAAAAGCUCCGGACACACCUGUGGUCACCAUGCAGGGAGAUAAAUCAAGUGUCUGCAAGUACAUGAAAGGCAACAGACCGCUGGUGUUGAGUUUCGGAAGUUGCACCUGACCCCCGUUUAUGUACAAACUUGAUGAGUUCAAGGAACUCGUCAAGGACUUCAGCGAUGUAGCUGAUUUUCUUGUGAUCUACAUCGCCGAGGCGCAUUCAACAGACGGUUGGGCCUUUUCCAACAACAUUGAGAUCAGACAGCACCAGAGCCUGGAGGAGAGGCUGUCUGCAGCACAGAUUUUGGUUCAGAAGGAACCCCUGUGUCCAGUGGUUGUGGACGACAUGAAGGAUGUCUCUGCCAUAAAGUAUGGUGCUCUGCCUGAGAGGCUUUACGUGCUGCAGGCGGGGAAAGUUGUCUACAAGGGGGGCAUGGGGCCUUGGGAAUACGAUCCAAAGGAGGUGCGUUUGUUCCUGGAGAAGAUGAAAUAAGAAGUAUGUGUCAAGUAAAGCCAUGCAAUUGCUGUCCAACCAGUCAAAUAUAAAGAGGUCUCUGUAAUUAGCAGGGGGUUGUGGGUGUCAAUUUUGUAACCAACAUAUAUAACUCAAAGACAGACUGUUUUUUUUUGUUGUUGUUUUUAAUCAAUACUCAAAUCGACUGACUGUUAUAUCUACAUGUAAUUCUAUAGCAGCUCUCUGGCAUCUCUUACAUCAACCAUUGCAUGAGUAGAAAUAUUAUAAUAUGACAUACUGUUUUGUUUAUCUAUCAAGACUGAAAUCUAAUUCACUGCAAUAUAAGUUUUAUCACUCCUCUAAAUUGCACUAAUGUUGCUUCUAAGCUCUCCUGUACUCAAAAAACAUUCAGUCUCUGAGGUUGAACUCACUUCUCAGUGUUUCUUAAUGACGGCUGCAGAGUAAACCGUCGGCCUCUGCAGCCAGAUGAUGUGAGACACAGAGAGACAGUUCAGUCAGGAGAUUGUGUUUGAAGUAUCACAUAGUGUACAGGAGAUAUCUCCUAAAUUGUCUUAAUUCCAAAAGACCUUAAUGAAAGCACUUGUUUUCCACUUGCCUUGCAGAUUCCGUUAUUAACCAUAAACAUUGUAAACUGUAUAAAUCGCCGUUUUCUAUUGUCUAUGAAUGCUCCAAGGUAAUUCCACAAAAGGCUUUUCAUAUGAUGAUUACAGUGCAAACCCUUUGGUAACUGUAAUCUGAUGACAGUUUACUCAAAAGAAAGCCUUCACCGAAUCACCCAGGAGCAUUCACAUUCAGUGUAUAAUAAGCACCUUGUUAAACUGCCUGCAUAUCCUUUGUAUUUUUUAAAUGAUUUCUUCUGAAUGGUUGCAUUGUAGUAUAAUAUAGGACAGGAAUGGGAAAACUCUUGCAUCAAGUUCCAAAUUUAUAUACAAUAUAUGGCCUAA